AUCCUUACAGAUACAGCCGCCGACCAUCCCUCCUUUGACCACAACCACCACCACCUGGUUGUUGGCUGCGUUGAUUCGAACGUACUUGCAAUUAGAUAUUCUCUGGUUUCUCUGUCAACGAAAUCGGUGGACAUAUACACCUUAUUUUAAAGACGUUUAGAAGAAAUUAUGGCCUUCUCUCAGCCUUUUCCUCUCGCGCAACCUCCUGUGAGAGCUGUGCAGCAAGUAUUUGCGCCCGACCUAGCUGUUAGGUUGAUUUGUCCCGAAUGUCGAGAUCCGAACCCAAACAUUGUUGAGGAGUUCGGUUCCGGCGAUUUGGUAUGCGGAACUUGUGGGUUGGUCUUAGGUGACCGGAUAGUCGACACUCGUAGUGAGUGGCGGACCUUCGCCAAUGAUGAAGGUGACGACCCCAGUCGUGUCGGUGCCGCCUCCGAUCCUCUCAUGGAAGGUAUCAAUCAGCUCAACACCGUCAUAAGUUUCCAAGACGGCGGAUCUGGAAUCGCCCGUGAACUGCAGCGUGCUGCCUCACGAUCUCAGAACUCUCGUUCGGAACGCAAUUUACUCACUGCUUUCCGCGAUAUUUCCAACUGGUGUGACCAGUUCUCCCUUCCCAAAACUAUCAGCGACAUUGCUAAGCAGCUUUAUAAACGAUCAGACGAAGAAAAGCUUUUGCGAGGAAAGCCUCUCGAAGCGAUCAUUGCUGCAUGCAUCUUCAUCGCAUGCAGACAAGCUCACGUACCCAGAACGUUUAGGGAGAUAUGCACUUUGACUCAUGUGACAAAAAAAGCCCUUGGUCAAUGCUAUAAGGCACUCGAACAGGCUUUCAACCUCACACCAGGAGCAUCCGCACACACAUCCGCCCCUGGUCCAUCAGCUGGUCCGGAGACGCUAGUCUCGCGAUAUUGCAAUCAUCUUGACCUCCCACCGUUUGUGCAAUCCUAUUGUGCAGACGUUAUCGUCGCAGCUCGCGAGCACGGGAUAGCCGAUGGUCGAAGCCCUGUGUCCAUUGCUGGUGGUGCCAUCUAUUUCACAUCACAUUUGCUGGACAAACCAAAAUCGUUGAAGGAAAUUGGUGAUGUUGCGGGUGUUAGUGAAGGCACGAUUAAGCUGGUCUAUCGGUUAUAUUAUGCUGAGAAGGACAAGUUGAUCAAGCAGAGGUGGAUCGACGAAGGACGAGCAAAUCCCGAUCGUCUUCCGCCAGACCAUCGGUCAUAAUUUAUUUGUUCAAUUCCAUGCAUUCUUUUAUAUGACACUAUACGUUCGUUGUUUGCGACAAACUUACCAUGAUUAAGUUACAUUAUGUACCAUUUAGUGGUUAGUAUUAGAGACUAGGAGUUUAUUCCGUGCAAUGCAAUGGAGAAUGUUUCCAUUCAAUGU